UGUAGUGAGAGCGCUGGGAAGCCAAGGUAACGCGCUGUCCUAAUAGCUUCCCGAAAUGUUUCAACGGAAAUAAGCGCACCCAAGAAAACAGAGGACGUGGCCAUUGGGAUGUAGACAUCAGUUUAAUGCGAUCGCAUGUAGACCAGACCCCAAGACGACUUCUAUCUAGACCGCCUUUCCUAAAAUGACCCGGCAUCUCAGUCGCCUUUCUACUGCGGCUCGCAUCCUGCCACACUCCUCCUCUCAGUUCUAGCUCAGCAUCCAUAUUUUUCGCAUCCCUGUGUGUGAAUGUAGGGAGUGGCAGACCACAGAUAUCGCUCAAGCCCCGGGAAACGGAGGAGUUUACCGUGCAAAGAGGAAUAAAGUUAGUCGGCCACCACCCGGCGCAUAACUGAACGAGGGCUUUGUAAGUCCUGCAGGUACAAUGGGGACAGUGCAUCACCAAUCCCACAUCUAGUGCCUCAAGCAAAAGCCCUUGGUUUUUGGGAAGGAAAAAAAUAACAGCAACAACAUUUUGCUGCCUACUACCAGCCAGCCAGACGAACGCCAUGAACAUGCUGAAGUCAAGUGGACUGAAGAUUCCUGGCAGGGGUCCAAAGCACUCCAGCCCUGUGGGACGAACCACUGCUGGGCCCUCAUCCGGUCCCACUGCACAGAAAGACAACACCCCUCACAAGCCCACCACGCCGACCCCCAGCAACGCCUCGGACAAGUCCAGCUCCAAGGCCUCCGAGGUGGGCGACGAUGUUCUGGGCGACUAUGUGGUGGGCGAGCGGGUGUGGGUCAACGGCGUCAAGCCCGGCGUCAUCGCCUACCUGGGCGAGACCCAGUUCGCGCCCGGCCAGUGGGCAGGGGUAGUCCUCAAUGACCUGGUGGGCAAGAACGACGGCUCCGUCGGUGGGGUGCGUUACUUCGAGUGCCAGCCUCUCCAGGGCAUCUUCACCAGGCCGUCCAAGCUCAACCGGCAGCCGACGGGCGACGGCGGGGAUGGGCACGGCGGCGACGUCGCCCUCACGGCCCAGAACCUGCAGAAUCUGCACGGCGGGGCGCCCAACUCCGCCCAGCGAGCGGUCAUGCCCCUGAGGGAGGGCGUGCUCAACAGCGCUGUGAAGACGGGCAACGAGUCGGGAUCCAACAUGUCCGACAGCGGCUCAGUGAAGAAAGGCGGCGACAAGGAUCUCCGCGUGGGAGACCGAGUGCUGGUUGGCGGCACGAAAACGGGAGUGGUGCGGUACGUGGGGGAGACUGACUUUGCCAAGGGCGAGUGGUGCGGAGUGGAGCUGGACGAGCCACUGGGGAAGAAUGAUGGAGCCGUGGCAGGAACCAGGUACUUCCAGUGCCAGGCCAAGUUCGGCCUGUUUGCGCCCAUCCACAAGGUGAUCCGCAUCGGCUUCCCGUCCACCAGCCCGGCCAAGGCCAAGAAGAGCAAGCGGGUGGCCAUGGGCGUGUCGUCGCUGGCCCACAGCCCCAGCAGCUCCUCCAUCAGCUCCGUCAGCUCGGUGGCCUCCUCCGUGGGCAGGCCCAGUCGCACCGGCCUGCUGACGGAGACAUCGUCGCGGUACGCUCGUAAGAUCUCUGGCACGACGGCGCUGCAGGAGGCGCUGAAGGAGAAGCAGCAGCACAUCGAGCAGCUGCUGGCCGAGAGGGAUCUGGAGCGGGCAGAGGUGGCCAAGGCAACGUCCCACAUCUGCGAAGUGGAGAAGGAGCUUGCCGCCCUCAAACAACAGCACCUGCAGUAUGCUACCGAGACGGAGGCCAACCUACAGAAAGUAACAACAGUAUUGGCUGCCACUCAGAAGGAUAAAUUGGAACUGGCCAAUCAGCUUGAAGAAGAAAAAAGGAAAGUUGAAGACCUUCAGUUCAGAGUGGAGGAGGAGUCCAUAACCAAAGGCGACCUAGAGGGCAGACGAAGGCUCUCCUCCUCCAUGGGGUUGGGGAAGAGAAUCCAGCAAACCACAGUGGAGGAGAAGACCCGUGUGGUCCAGCUGGAGGAGGAGUUGACCUUGCGCAAGGCCGAGGUGGAGGACCUCAAGGUGCGCCUACAGAGGACCGCGGCUGCUGCCGGCGGCGGUGGGGGCGAUGAGUCCAUGUCCACGGGUGCCUCGUCCACGCCGGACACCGGCGCCGGCUCGGACACCGAGCUGGGCCUGGGCCUGAGUUCCUCGCAGUCGGAGGCGGCGGUGCUGGCCAUGCGCGAGCAGCUGCUGUCGGCGGGCCGCGAGCGGGAGCGGCGCGAGGAGAGCAGCCAGCUCCGCGAGCGCUACGAGGCGGCGCUGAGCGGCAGCCAGAAGGAGGCCGAGCACCUGAAGGGCACGGUGGAGCGCCAGCAGCAGGAGAUCGCCGACCUGCGCCAGCGCCUGCAGCAGGCCACGCGCGAGAACAUGGACAUGAUGGACGGCUGGAAGGCCAAGCUUGACACGCUAGCGGGGGACCACCAGAAAUCCCUCGGGGAGCUCAAGGCCACGUUCACGGCCGACAGGAGAGGCAACGGGGAGGCGGAGGGUGAGAUGAACGGAGAGGGUGGCGGUGGUAGUAAUGGUGGCGGUGGUGCUGCCCCUACUCCCAUGUCGGCUCCGGAGGUGCGGGCGACCAUGGAGAGCAUGCGCAUGGAGCACCAGCUGGAGCUGGAGAACCUGAAGGCCAAGCAGGAGAUCGAGGUGGCCGUGCUGGCCAAGGAGCGCGAGGACUUCCGCACCAGGCUCCAGGAGCUCAAAGACCAGCUGGAGGAGAGCGAUGAGAACUGGAGGAUCCAGGCGGAGGCCAAGAGUGGCCAGCACACCCUGGAGCUAAAGGAGGCCGGCGACAAGCUCCAGAAGGCGGAGCAGCGGCUGGCCGAGCUGGAGAGGGCCCACGAGGAGCAGGGCCGCCUGGGCCACGGCCUCCGGGAGAGGCUGGAGCUGGCCGAGAAGAAGAUGGCCGACUACGACGCCCUGAAGAAGGCCGAGGCGCAGAGCCGGACGGAGCUGCUGACACUGGAGGAGAAGCUGAGGGUGAACGAGAACAGGCUACAGGCCGUGGAGGCCGACCGCACCACUCAGAACGCUAACGUGAUCGAGGACACUGAUAACUCAGAAGAGAAGAUUAAAUUAAAGCAGACCAUGGAAGAAACUCAAGAGAAACUUUCGAAAAGAGAAAAGGAAGUCACAACUCUUUCGACACAAGUGGAUGCCCUGCAGUCACAAAUUACCGCGUUGGAGAGCAAAGUUCGCUUGGGGGAGAAGAAGGCAGAUGCUCUGAUCAAGGACAAGAUGCGGGUGGAGGCAGAGCUGGAGUCCAUGACCAAGAAAUCCCAUGAUGCAUCAGGACAGCUUGUCAUCAUUAGUCAGGAGCUCCUGAAGAAAGAAAGGAGUCUGAAUGAACUUCGGGUGUUACUGCUGGAGUCCCCUCGCCACUCGCCGGGAGUGGACCGCGACCUGAGCAGAGAGGUGCACAAGGCAGAGUGGAAGAUGAAGGAGCAGAAACUGCAGGAUGACAUCAGGACGCUGCGGGAAAAACUGCUACUGCUGGGUCGCGAGAAGCCAUCCCCAGACCACCGCCGGUACUCCAUGAUGGACCCGUCGGCAUCGGAGACGGAGGUGGCGCGGCUGCGGCAGCGGUUGCUAAGCACCGAGGAUGCCCUGAGGACUGCCCUGGAGCACAACCAGGAAGUGGACCAGCUGGUGGAGUCCCUACGCACACGGCCAGACAAGGCACAGGGCCAUGGCGGUGCAAAUUCAGCCAACGGCAUUCAUCAACCAGACACAUCGCUCUUACAAGAGGAGCAACACUGAUGGAGGAGGAGGAAAAGGAGGCCAAGCUGAUUGUUUUGGAAACCGUGGAGGCACAUUGUAAAACAGAAGAAGAUUAUGAAGAAAAAGAAGAAGCCUGUUUGAAGCUUAGACUUCAUACUAAUGCUCCACUCUGGACAUAUAAUGUUUUUAUUUUAUUUUGUUCAGUUUACAGGUAACACCAAAAUCGAUAACUGUCUGUCUCAAACAAACAAUCCAAAGCACCGAAAUGAAUAUCUCCAGUAAUAUGGCCCCUUGACGACAAAAGAAAAUAGAGGUGAUGCGCCUAUGGUACGACAAGUGCUACUGAUAGAAUACCUCUCACAAGGACAAUGGCGGUGUUUUAAAAACGGAAGAAAUUACUCAAAAACUAUGACAACUUGGUUUGCCAGAGCUGUUGACAGAAAUGUGGUUUUGUCUUGCCCUGAAAGACCACCACAUGUAGCAAGCAGGGUGACGACUAGAUAUUUAGCCUCUGUUGAAACGUGUUUAAUUUAUUGGCAAUCUUUUUGUAUGACUCUGAUUGCAAAGUAAAUUAAAUUAGAUGACAGAAGGAAGCCCUUUUUACAGUAUGUAUACUUUCAAGGAACUGUGGGAAUAUGUUUUAUCAUUUCAGUAGCAUUCUGGUUAACUCAUCAUCAGCCUGCAGGAUUUGGAUCUAAGGUUCCAGUGUCUGGAUCUCUGUGUUCAUGUAAAAAAAAAAAAAAACCUGCUCUCAGUCUGUGUGCAAAAAAACGCCAAAUAUUAUAUCAAUCAUUCAAGUCACAAUACUCCAUAUUUCAAUGGGUGUUUAAAGUGAGGGUUGGUUCAAUUUAAGUGAGAGAAAACUUAUUUUCAAGUUACAGAGAGGGGGACUCACUGUAGCAACACACCCUUCCUAACGCCAAGAGAAGGUGGGAAUUAGUGAGACGGUCAGAUAUCUGUUGUAAUCUGGUGAUAAUGUAUGCAUUAAACAAACAAAUGCUCAUCAUCUGAACAUAAUUUGCUAUCUCCAAUCCAAAUAUACAGAAAACUAUGUAUUCAGUCUUCCGAAUGUUAUCUCAAAAUUUAGUACGUCCACCGCCUUUAGUCCAUCCUCUUGCAUCUACUGAGACGAGCUUGUGGACACGUGUGGACUUUGGAGAACUUUCUACAGGUACUGUAUAUGAAGGACGCUUGUAGGCUACAACUGGGGAGAAUUCUCUGAAGAGGAGAGGGCUGGCCCCAGGCUUGGGAAUGGAAGAAUUGAAAUGUCAUUGGACUUCAAAUAUUGCCUUUUUCUCAGUUG